GAGUAAUUUCACCCCUCGCCUCGGUGGCACUUGGUGACUGACUGUGGUUGUUGUGGUGGGGUGACUGUACCAGUUGUUGUUGUUCUUGCUGCUGCCGCUGCCGCAGCCGCGUCCGCGUCCCCUUUGGUCAACCCUGAUCGGACAACUGCCUGUGUCAUCAUGAGGAAAGUGUCAAAAGCGAGGUCUGCGCCGACGGAAGCGACAGAAGUUGAACAAGAGGAGGCGGAGACGCCGACCGGGGCGACUCCGACCAAGCGAACGGCCAGUAAGGCCGAGAAGAAGGAGAUCGAACCUGCAAAUGCAAAUGGGUCCAGUUCCGCAUCUGCAGCGGCAGACGCCGAUGACAGUGACUCCGACGGCCCAGAGUCCUUCGAGGUUGAGUCAAUUUUGGACUCCAGAGUGAGACAUGGAAAACAACAGUUCAAAAUUCGUUGGAAGGGCUACGGACCUGCUGAUGAUACUUGGGAGGACGAAGAAAAUGUUGAUUCUCCUGACCUCAUCGCAGCUUUCCUCAAAGGGCCAUCUAAAUCGGUGAAGUCUCCUCCCAAGAAAAAGAAAACAGCUUCUCCCAAGGGUAAAAAGCGAGUAAAUUCUGCAGAGCCCAAAACAAAACCUCUUAAAAAAGCCAAGAGCUCUGAUCCUACAAAUGAUGACAGUGACGCUGAGUAUGAGGUCAGUAAAAUCAUGGACUAUGUUGAAUUAAAAGAUGGGACUCGUCAAUUCCUCGUCCGCUGGAAAGGAUUUUCAGCCAAGCAGAACACGUGGGAACCUGAGGCAAACCUUAACUGUCAAGAUCUAAUUGAGAAGUUCUUAGCCCUUGAGCAGGAGAAGGAAGAUAUCUCACGAGAGACUCGUGUAGUCCGAAAGCAGGUCUACAAGUACAACCCGGAAUUGACGAAACGAUCCAGCCACAGAACUUCAACUAAGAAAAGUGAAGGUGGUAGCAGUUGUGAUGAUUCCGUAGACGCCAUUUCAUUCAGUCACCGUCAGCAUGGCAGUUCAUCGUCUUAUAACUAUAAAUAUACUUCUCCUUGGAGAAGUAAGGGUUCUUACAGUUUCACCACAUCCUCAAUGGCUGACAAUAACCCUUGGUAUUCUAAGAUAUCAUCUCAGUGCUCUCUGAUGUAGCAUUUAACCAUUGCUUUUGUAGCCUAACCAGACAAGCCUCUGAGAUUUAUCAUACUUCUCUUCAUCUUUCUUUCUCAGAGAAGUUUUCCAUUAAUUCGUUUCAGGAAAGUCAUCUUUGCAUCAUCAGUAUGUUCCUAAACCAAAUUCUUAAGUACUUUUUGAAUCUAUAAUCCUCUUAUUGCUCAUGAAAUAAUCCUUGUCUUGAAAUAAAUGUUGAGGUGUUGGUAACUGUUAAGUAAUUUGUUGAUUGUGUUACUUUUAGUUGCUUGCUUUAUGGUUAGUACAGCUAAAUUAGUUUGUAUUAAAUUGUGUCAGCCUUAUAAUAAUAAGCUCAAAAAUAUUUCAAAAAAUGAAUCUUUGCCAAUGAGGUAUUUUAACUACUUAAUUCUAUGCAUUGUAUGGUUAGUGUAGGCAAACUCUUGUUGCCUUUUGUAACAGGGCUAUGAAUCUGUAAAUUGUGCUAUCAUUAAAGUUAUACUGGCAUUUUUAAAAUUAUCAUAUAGACAGUAUAUACAUGUGUUCCAAUUGUGUUAUUUAAUGUUGCUAAUGUAUUUAAUAAUUAUAAUUUAGCUAGACAUGUACCUGCUCUGUCAUUUUAUUAUAAAAGUUCAAGGUGGUCAAAUAUUUUAUUUUGACUUGAUCAUAUUUGUCCAUCUCAUAGGAUUUUAUUCUUAAUGCUUAAAUCUAAUUGAUGUUUCGUAUCUAUUGAAAAAGUUUUACUAACUUAAUAGUUUUUUUUUCUGUAAAAUAAAUAACUCUUGAAGGAAAA